AUGAGUAGCUUGACCCAGAUCUCGACCCUGGCUGCCACGCUCACUUCAGCCGUCAUCUCCGCCACCGACUCGUUCGUUAUCCCCACUACACUCGCUUCCCCUACUCCCACAACGUAUGUCAUUGUCAGCUCCAGUCCAACGCCAUCCUCACCUCCACAUAGCGCUAUCGGAGGUGCUGGCCCUACGAAUAAUAUGCUGUGCGAUUGGAUUCGAUCGGCCUCAGACUGUCGCGAUGAAGUUUUUAUCCGAUACUUGCUAAUAGCAUCCUCGGUGAUGCAUGGGAUCGUGUUUUUGUUUGGUCUUUGGCUGCUCAUCUACCGUAACCGUGGCUUUAACAGCAAAAUCUUCACCGAGCUGUUUGUCAAAGCGGGAACGGGUGUAAGACCUAAGCCUAUGGACUGCAUCGUCUUCUUCACAAGUCUUGCUUCUCUUAUUAAAAUCGGCGUAAAUGUCCCACUGAUCCUCGAUGUACUCAAGGAUAUGCUCUGGCUCCGCAUCGCAAUCGAACAGCUCUACUGGAUCGUCGUCUCUGUUGGGUUCUCGUCCUAUUUUGUUGGUCUUCUGUAUGCCAUGCCUGUGACAGCAAGAGAAGGAAUCUUCGCUGUUUAUCAGCCCGAGGCCUCCUUCGAUGCACACGCUUUGCAGCCCAUCCAUGUCCUCAAGCCCACGAACAUCCAGAAGAACUUUCUGUUGGUCAUGGGUGUGGUCUAUCCCACCAUAUUUGCGGCAGCCCCCGGCGUGGCUUCUGCAGUAUUUGUACAUAUGCCUGGCUAUGAGAAUCUCUCUAAUAUCCUGCUUGUCGUACAGUACUCGAACUGGGUGUUGAUCCUCUGGACCAUGGCCAUCAUGUUCUUUUACUACGGCCUCAAGUACACCUUCAUUCUCCGAGCCAACAUCAUCAUUGCCGAGGCGGCGCUCAAGGCUCCCAGGGCAGCAUUUGGAAUUGGCAAUCUGCGAUCUUCGAGCCCUGCCAGGUUCUUAUUUAUUCAGUUGCAGAUUACCGGCUUUAUGGGAUCAGCCGUCACUCUCUUGGCUGGCACCCUUUGCAUGAUAUGGGUCCUCUGCAGAGAAAAGAUUCUCGCUAUGCCCAACGACCAAAUCCCUCACACGAUGGCCUUCUUCUGGACGUGCGCCAUAGCUGUCGCCUUUUUCCUCAUUAUGGUACUGAUUGCCAUCCAGUCCGUGCGCAACCGGAAUCGUGGUCUACACGGGUCGACGACUUCGCCGACCAACUCGUCCCAACCAAGUAGCGUUCCUGGUCAAAAAACCCCAAUUGGCGUCAAGAGCCUUUAUUCAGCUCAGAAUCACAAGUCGCGAUCCGUACGGACAGAUUCUGAAAUGUACUUGACACAACACAACUCGAUGGAGAAGGGUAUCUACGAAAAGCCUUCGUUUGAUACGUCUGACGAAAGCUACGACCCGACAAGCGUUGCAGUCACGAUUGAGGCCUCACACAGGAUGGAGAGCGAGGAAUUCACCGCAUCCCACAAUGCCUACCAAAUGGAGCAAGAGAGGGUCAAGAAGGGCAAUGCUGGAUUGUCUACUCGCUCUUGCGCCAUUAUGGCCCAAAACACCUGUUCUGACGCGGAAUUUGGCCGCCGCGGCAGCGACGCGAUCUCGCCGGACAGCACCAAGAUGUACCCUGAUCUCCUGCAAACCGUCUUUGGUCCAACGAGAUCGAUCAGUCCCCCUCCAUUCUAUCCUACACCCCCAUCACCAUCGUUACCAUUGAUGCCGCUGCGGUCGAGCCCACGGAGUCCCAACCACAAGCAUGAUCCAAGUGAAGAGCGCUCCAAACAUGUAUCGAAUCGCCAGCGCUCCUUGCACGCAUCUAGCCAGGUCUUCCAGGACCCGUCAUCUCAUGCGGCUUCGUCUGGCUCCCAUACUCUGUGUACAGGCUUAACCCGCGAGCCCAGGUAUACAGCUAUCUCUGAAAGCUACACAGCGUCUAUCGCUGACUAUGGCGGUAGAAAUCCGCUGAACUUGAACAGAGACGGAGAAGGAGAAUACCGGUUCCCAUCAGAACAACAACAGCCACAGCAGCAGGUGCCCUUCCAAACACUGCAGUACCAGAUCUCCUGUAAGGGUCUUUCGCCUCCACCAAGGGCCAAGCGCCUCGCCAGUUCACCGUACGUUGCGGAAGACAUGGUAGUGGCGCCACUGUCUCCCAUUGAUCUACAUUCACCUGGGCCCUUGCGAAACACCUUUAUGAAUACGACGCCGUUGACAGAGUACUCGGACACAUCACGGACCGAACGGGGGUAUUCGUCACAAAUCCAUCAAGGAUGCUGA